CGGCUUCCCUCCGCGGAAAGGCGCGCUGGCCUGGCUUCUCCUGGCGCGUGCACUACAGCCGAGCGCGAUGAGGCGGGCGGCGCUGCGGCUUAGUACCUUAUACAAGGGGCUGCUUACUCCUGGCAGAAGACUGACGCAAGGAUCUCAGGAUCCCAAGAAACAAGGACCCCUCCACAUUCAGGAAGUUCGAGAUAAAUUACGGGAGAUAGUAGGCGCAUCCACAAACUGGAGAGACCAUGUGAAAGCAAUGGAAGAAAGAAAAUUACUUCAUAGUUUUUUGGCUAAAUCACAGAAAGGACUGCCACCUAGGAGAAUGCAAGACAGUUACACUGAAGUUCUCUUGCCUUUGGGCAGUCAGCCUGAAUUGCGAGAGAAAUAUUUGACUGUUCAAAACACUGUAAGAUUUGGCAGGCUUCUUGAGGAUCUUGACAGCUUAGGAGUUCUUAUUUGCUACAAGCAUUGCAAAGUUCAGGCAGCUCAGACAUCUCCUUUAUCAAUAGUUACAGCCUUGGUGGACAAGAUUGAUAUGUGUAAGAAGAACAUAAGCCCAGAACAGGACAUCAAGUUCAGUGGCCAUGUUAGCUGGGUUGGGAAGACAUCCAUGGAAGUGAAGAUGCAAAUGUGCCAGUUACAUGGCGUUGAAUAUAGUCCGGUUUUGGAUGCAACAUUUGUAAUGGUGGCUCGUGAUUCUGAAAAUAAAGGGCCAGCAUUUGUAAAUCCACUCCUCAUUGAAAGCCAAGAAGAACAACAACUCUUUGAACAAGGAGAAUUGAACAAGGGGAGAAGGAUUGCCUUCAGCUCCACGUCAUUACUGAAAGUGGCUCCUAGUGCUGAGGAGAGGACCACCAUACAUGAGAUGUUUCUUACCACACUGGAUUCGAAGACUAUAAGUUUUCGAAGUCGAGUUUUGCCACCUAAUGCAGUGUGGAUGGAGGAUUCAAAACUGAAGAGCUUACAAAUCUGCCAUCCUCAGGAACGGAACAUUUUCAAUCGGAUCUUUGGCGGUUUUCUUAUGAGGAAAGCAUAUGAACUUGGAUGGGCUACUGCUUGUAGCUUUGGUGGUUCCCGCCCAUUUGUGGUAGCAGUGGAUGAUAUCAUGUUUCAGAAACCUGUUGAGGUUGGAUCAUUGCUGUUUCUUUCUUCACAGGUUUGCUUUACUGAGGACAAGUAUAUUCAAGUUAGAGUACACAGUGAAGUGACCUCUCUUCAGAGUAAAGAGCAUACAACCACCAACGUCUUUCAUUUCACAUUCAUGUCGGAAAAAGAGGUGCCUUUGGUUUUCCCUAAAACAUAUGGAGAGUCCAUGUUGUAUUUAGAUGGGCAGCGGCAUUUCAACUCCAUGAGCACCCCAGGGUACUUUGCGAGAAAGGACUACCUUGUGGAACCCUAA